AUGGCUACCCCCAGCGUCCUCGCUUUUGACGCUGAGGGUCGGGCCAUUGACUUUGACGUCUGGGUAGAUGACCUGCAGCUUUUCCUACAGUGCGAUAGAGCAGACAGUCUCUCCCUCUUUGACCUCACUUCUGGUGCCUCUCCUGCCCCUGCUGCUGAUGCUGACGCCACUGUUUGCUCACAGUGGGCCACACGCGAUGCUGCUGCACGUCUUGCUGUGCGUCGCCACUUGCCUACCUUUGAGCAUGCACACUUUAGCCAGUACAAGAGUGCUAGGACCUUGUACGACGCUGUAGUUGCACGCUACUCUUCCCCUGCUACUGCUGCACUUAGCCGCCUCAUCCUGCCGUACCUCUUCCCUGACCUCACUGCUUUUCCCACAGUCGCUGACCUCAUUACGCACCUUCGCACUAGUGACAUUCGCUACCGAGCUGCCCUUCCCGCUGAGUUCUGCGCCAAGAACCCCCCCCCUAUGUACAUCACCCUCUACUACAUAGUCACCCGGCUCCCUGACACCCUUCGCCCGCGCCUCCUAGCAGCAGAGAAGAGCAGAGUCGCUGUAGGAGCCUCUCGUGGUGAACCUCGUGCCCCUGUCUUUGAGGGGUGCUCCCCCUCUCCUCUCUUGCCCUCUGUUGCCUCUGCUGCUGCGGCCGACCUCGUUGGUCUUGAGUCGGGCGGUGCCGCGUCUGCCCCUAGUUGGAGACGCCGCACUGGCAAGGGCAAGGGGGGCAGGGGCGCUGGAGGAGCUAGCGGGGGCGGUGGAGGCGGCGGUGGUGGCGGCGGAGGGGGUGGGGGUGGCGGUGGGGGUGGUGGCGGGGGUGGGGGCGUCGGUGGCGGCAGUGGAAGCGGAGGCGGCGGCGGCGGUGGCGGUGGGAGCGGAGGUGGCGGAGGUGGCGGUGGUGGAGGUGGCGGCGGUGGAGGAGGCGGCGGCGGAGGAGGUGGAGCUGGUCCGGGUGGUGCUACGCAAAGGGUCGGCUCCAGUGGUGGUCAGCGCCAGCAGCAGCAGCAGCAGCAGCAGCAGCGUACUCAUGAGAUCCCCCUCCCUCAGCAGCUUCGUGAGUGGUACGCUGCACACCAGCGCGGUGGGGGUACUGGUCCGUGCACCUACGUCCUACGCACCGGCAACCGUGCGGGUGAGCCGUGCGGGGGUGCGCACUCCACCCAGCGCUGCUUUGGCCGCCUGACGGACGCUUGGCGUCACCAGUUUCUUGAGGCCACUGAGAUCCCUCGCUGGGGCGAGCUGUCUAGGGCGGAAGUAGCUAUCUUUGACCUUGACUUUGAUGCUAUUCUUGCUGCCAUGUAUGCUGUGACUAUUAGUGAUGAGGGUGACUGUUACCGGUGUUUUUCACCCGACCCGGGCAUUGUGACUGCUGCUCUAGGUACUGGUGAGGCUGCUCUAGGUGCUAGCGAGGCUGAAGCUCUAGGUGCCAGUGCGUCUGCUUCCUCAGGUGCUGGUGAGUCUGCUCUCUCAGGAACUGCGUCGGCUUCAGCCUCCCACACCUUCACCCUUGACUCGAGGGCUUCUCGCUCCUUCUUUCGAGACCGCACCACACUCACGCCGCUUGGUCGGCCAGUUGCAGUCUCUCUGGCAGACCCCUUUGGGGGUCCUGUCCUUGCUCAGUUCUCUACUGUCCUCCCGUGUCCGGCGGCCCCCUCUGGCACCCUGUCAGGUCUUUACCUCCCCUCGUUCUCUACGAACUUGGUGAGUGGUGCUGACCUACAGGAUGCAGAGGUAUGUCCCAGGUAG